AUGUCGUCUACCCAAGUACAGCGCGGAGGUUUAACGUGCCCCUCCCCUCAGGUGGCCGUCAGUAAUCUAUCUAUCUAUCUAUCUAUCUAUCUAUCUAUCUUUUAUCCACGUUUAUUCUGUAUUUUAAACCACCUUUUUUCGUAUUUUUAUCUAUCCUUUUCUUUCUUUCUUUCAUUUUUUCUUUCUCCUUUUUCUCCUUAUAUAUAUAUAUAUAUAUAUAUUUUUCUUUCUUUCUUUCUUUUUUCUUUCUUUCUUUCUUUCUUUCUUUCUUUCUUUCUAUUCCUAUAUCUAUCCAUCCUUUCUCUUUCUGUCAUUCUUUCUUCAUUUCUUCGUUUUCUCCUUAUAUCUAUCCAUUUUUUUCUUUCUUUCUUUCUUUUUACCCACAUUUUUACGUAUUUUAUCCACCUUUUUCGUAUUUUUAUACAUCUUUUCUUUAUUUUCUUUCUUUCUUCUUUUUCUCCUUAUAUCUUUCUUUCUUUCUUUCUUUCUAACUUUCUUUCUUUCUUUCUAACUUUCUUUCUUUCUAUCUUACUAUUCUUAUAUCUAUCCAUCCUUUAUCUUUCUGUCAUUCUUUCUCCUUUUUCUCGCUUUCUAACUUUUCUCCCUAUAUCUAUCCGUCUUUCUCUUUCUUUCUUUUUUACCCACGUUUUUUUCCGUAUUCUAUCCAACUUUUUCGUAUUUUUAUUCAUCUUUUCUUUUUUCUACAUUUUAUCAGACCAUACUUCUCUCUCUCUCUCUCUUUUCUAUCACAUUCGAUUUUUAUUUUUCUUCCUUUCUUUCGUUCUUUCUUUCUUUCUUUCUUUCUUUCUUUCUUUUUCUCCAAUGUAG